CCGUUUGCGUCACGAUACCGAAACAUACGGAAGUUCCUCAGAACUUGUCAACAAGAGAGGCCGACUGACAUGGUGAAGUCUUCCUGAACAGAAUGUCCUAAAAUGACACCUCUCUAUCAUUUUUAAACAGUUUUAAGUCUUCUUUUUUUAAAUACUUUGUGAUGUGGAGGAGAAGCACUACCAUAAUGAAAGUCUCUUCCAACCUCUGUGCCCUCUUGGUUUUCAUCAUAACAGCAUGCAGCCGCUUUGAAUAUGCCCUUUGUGCUGUUCGCUGUGGCCACACACUUCCAGUGUUGGACAGCAAAGUGGGGGAGAUCAAGAGUUCAUCUUACUACAGCUGGUCCUAUAGCUUUGGCUCCACUUACGACUGCUGGAUCAUCAAAGGCAUGGAAGGAGAGCCUAUUGUUUUCAGUUUUUCACAGUUUUCGGCACGGUGUAGAAAAGAAUGGGUGUCUUUGGAAUCAUCGUCAGGUGGCGAGCCAAUUGUUCUUUGUGGCUCCAAACUGCCAGAGCCUAUUGAACUCCCUGGUGGAAAUAUCACAGUGGUGCACCACUUUCUCCCACAUCUGUACCCUGUGUCAUCAUUUCUGCUGAACUACGCUAGAGGCUCAGCUCCAUGCCCAGUGACUUCUAUUGAAUGCGCGACAGGGAGGUGCCUCCCCCUCUCCUGGCGCUGUAAUGGCCGGGUGGAGUGUCUCAACGAUGGCCCUGAAGUUGCCACAGAUGAAAAGGACUGUGAUCUAGAAGAAACAACCUCAGAUUCCCCAAAAUAUGACAGCACGCUGGCUAAAGAAUCCAAAGAGACGCAUACAGAGGGGUACCACAGGGAACCUGCUGUGACGCCUGCGCCUAUUGAGUGGCCCUGUGGAGGCCUCCUCCAGACCUUCUAUGGAACCUUCUUGCCUCCUGCCAGUCGGGGUCGUGCGCUGCAUUGUGUCUGGACCCUGAACCCUGAGGACACCAGGCCGCUCAGACUGGAUUUGCAGCAGUUGGUGCUUGGGGCUCGGGAUAAAAUCACGGUCUAUAAUGGAGAACAAGGCAAUGGAGAUGUUCUCAAAGUGAUAACCAGCACCUCAAAUUACAAAUCAGUCCAAGUUGAGUCGCAUACUGGCCUGCUGUCACUGAAGUAUGACACGGUUUUUGGCUCGGAGGGGAGUGGCUUCAAUGCCACGUUCCAUGUUGGGAGCUACUGCCCCCCAUGGGAAGGUCGAUGUGGGGGAGCAGCAGGGGGGUGCUUUACCCAGGAGCAGCGCUGCGAUGGCAAAUGGGACUGUCCCGAGACCGGGAAGGAUGAAGAAGGAUGCAAGGGCUGCAGUCGGAACCAGUUUGCCUGUGGCUUGACGGGACAGAGGACGCUCACAUCCAGCCGUUUUCCUGGGAAGCCAGUGUGUUACCCAGCGUCAGAGAGAUGUAACUACCAGCUGUACUGCAAUGAUGGCAGCGAUGAAAAGGACUGCAGCCUGUGCCAGCCAGGGACCUUUCACUGUGACAGCGACAGGUGUGUGUUUGAGAGCUGGCGCUGCGACGGCCAGGUGGACUGUAAGGACGGCACCGAUGAGCUCAACUGCACCGUCACCCUGCCUCGCAAGGUCAUCACCGCGGCAACAGUGGGCAGCCUGGUCUGUGGACUCCUGCUCGUCAUCGCCAUGGGCUGCACCUGCAAACUCUACUCACUCAGGACCAGGGAGUACAGCAUGUUUGCUCCCAUCAGCCGCCAGGAAGCAGAACUCAUCCAGCAGCAGGCUCCCCCUUCCUAUGGUCAGCUGAUUGCUCAGGGAAUCAUCCCCCCAGUGGAGGACUUCCCCACAGAAAACCCCAACGAGACCUCGUCUCUGUCUUUGAGGGGAAUUCUCCAGCUGCUUCGCCAGGAUGCCAACAGCUCCCCGCACCGCAGACGCAGGCCCCGCUUCGUCCGACGGGCGGUUCGCCGCAUGAGGAGGUGGGGCUUAAUCCCCCGGCCGGCCUCCAGGCCCACCCAGGCCUCCAGCUCCAGCCAGCAGCAGGACGCUGCGCCUGCCAGCCAGGAUCCGGCUCAGUCCACUCCUACCAGGUCUUCCUCGGGCGUGGAGGCGGUGAACCAGCCGGUGCCGCAGAAGCUCGGCUUGUUGGUCCAAUCAGAGCAGCGGCAGCAGGGGGCGGCGCUUCCUGUGCUGCAGUUCCCCCCACCACCACCUGUCGCCUCGCCCCCUCCCCCUCCGUACGCCCCGCCAGCCCCUCCCCCGGCCACCCCCCACACUCCCCCUGUAGCCGUCCCUCCCAGCAGCCCCUCUCUGGCCUCCAUCUUCCACUCGCUGGGCCUCAGCAUCUCCCUGUUCAGAGCCUCGCCCUCCUCCUCCUCCACCAACUCCAUGGCCCUGUCCUCCUCUUCUUUCUCUCUCUCCUCGUCGUCUUCAGAUGACGAGGUGCUGCUUAUCCCCCUGUCAGAAGACACCACUUCAGAGGAUGACGUUCCCAUGCUCACCUGAACUCGCUCCCCCUCCCCCUCCCCCUCUUUAUGUCCUCUACUCACUAAUAACUGGAACCCAGUCUUUCCACAUUUGUUUGAACUUCAGCACACGAGCCUCACCUCACAGCGAGACUCACCGUGCAUGUCUGGUGCCUUUUUAAAAUUGCUUUGAGUUGGAUUAGUUAAUUUAUGGAAUCAGGCAUUUGACAUUUGUUUUAAGACCUUUUUUGUUUUAAAGAGAAACAGUUUAAGCUUCAGACAAAAAGCAUGACUGAUGUAUGUUGAAGAGUUCAGUGUAAGGGAGUUUUGGAGGCAUUUUUAAUUAUUGCUGGGCUGCACACUGAAGACGAACCUUUGCACAAAAGAAUCUUCCCUAUCCAGAUACUGAGACAGACGACUGUCACGGUGAAUGAUCAAAGUUUUUAUGGAGGAAAUUAUUGUGUGACUGCAAACGUGUGAAUGCUUUCAGGUUCUGGUCUUACACAGAAGGGUGUGUAUGUGUGUGUGUGUGUGUGUGUUGCGUCUAGUCUCAAGUUUGAUCACAGAUACUGAGAAGAGAAAAUCAAUUACCCCUGUUUAAGUGCCUUGUGACGAGUUUCCUGUAGAUGUCUGGAGGCGAUUGCAAUGAUUCCCAACGUACGCCGCACACAAAAACACACGGAGGCACGCUUUCCUCGCGUCACCGCGCAUCGACACACCCAAGACUUGAUUGUAAGAUAAGAGAGAAGAAGAUGCAUGUCUAGUCUGCAAGCUGGCAAUAACUAUGUGGGACCCGUGUUACUGCAUUGAUCGCGAUCAAACUCCAUCUUUGUGUGUGCACGUACAUAUGUACACCUCCCAAAUGAAUGUAUGUAAUCUACAGAAGCAAAUGUGUCAAAUGACAAUCUACUUGGUGCCUGACUUUGUGUGUGUGUGUGUGUGUGUGUGUGUGUGUGUGUGUAGGAAGGUGAGGUGCCCUGGUGAGGAAACGGGCCUGAAAUCACAAAAUAACCUCAACUUGAAUUUGCCCCUGGGGGGAAUCGAUUGACUUUUGUCACAUUUUGACGCAACAGAUUUGUGGUGUGCCAUUUGUAUCUACAUCUUAUUUGUGUUUUAUUUCCCGCUCAUCUUUUUGUUUCUUCUUACAUUGAUGUUGUUGCUUUGUUGAAUGUAUUAGGGUCCACAUGGAGUAGCCAGAAGUUAUAAAUUUACCAUGGAACAAGAUAAAUAAAAGAAAAUUGUUUAUGAUUUUAUUACGGUCAACUUCACUGUAAAUAAGUAAAAACGUGGCUGAGAUUAAACGAUUUGCACUUUU